GCCCUCUGGGACCGCCCCCUUCACGCCCCCGCCUCCGCCCCCUUGUGCAGUUACCGGCUCUAGGGGCACGCGCCUCCUUGACUCCGCUAGAGGUCCUCCACCCCUGCUUGUAGUGCGUCCACCGCUGCCCACGCCAGGUGAAGGCUCGCGGCUCCCGGCUGCGGCGCCUGGCGCUUGUUGGCUGGCUCGGGGCGUGUGCCUCUGAGGCGAACUGGGCCGGCGGGCGGUUAGCGCUCCGUUCCGCGCGGGGAGGGGCGGCGGCACGCCGGGCGCUUGUACGGCGUCGGCCGACACGGGCGGCGGUGGCGGCCGGGUUCUCGGGUUUUCUGCCCCAGGCCGGAGCCAGUCGGUUCCCCGGCGGAAAGACGGGCAGUCGGGCUCUCUGGCCCCGGGCUCCCCCUGGCUGGGGUGGCUGGGGCAAAGGGACGAUGUCUGCUCGCGCCCCGGUGCCCGGCGCUCACUCUGGGGAGGAGCCACCCACGGUGACUGCUGAGAAGGAGUCGCUGUUGGUAGCGGCGAGUCGGCAGGCCGAGCAGCUGUCCCCGCCCGAUCGGGAGGGCAAGGAGGCGGCGAGUGAAGAGAGGGCCGCGACAGCCAUCAGCGCGGGGACUCGGGGAGAGCCGUCGCCGGCGCUGGUGCUGGGGUACAGCGUGCCCCAGGCGGCCGUGCCCGUGAGACCCCUGGCGCUGCACCUGGCGCACAAGGCGCGCGGGCCCGGGGGCCCCUUCGGUGGGGAACCCCUGCCACCCUUGCCGAGGGACCUGCCCAGCGAGGACGUCCUGGAGAUUGAGGCGGCGGCCGGCCCUGAGGAAAAGCUGCAGCCGCCGCCGCCGCCGCCGCCGCCUAAGGAGAACCCCUGGACCAAAAAGCCUCCUCAGCACCUGUCCACUGCCGGGACGGGACUGCCGCCGUCCCCACUGGAAACCCUGGAGGCAGAGCUCAGUUCCCCCAAAAUUAUAAAAGCAGGAAAACUCAAGACAAAGAAAUCCAACAAGGCUAGUGAUUUCAGCGAUAUGGCGAAUUGGCCAACGCCAAGUGAAUUAGUGAACACUGGAAGUCAGAGUGUCAUCAGCCAAGGAAAUAAGAAGCUACAAAAUAGAAAAGAAAGAGAAGACAAGGUUGAAAAGAGAAUUAACACUGAGAGCAAAGAAAGCCGGGAAACAAAAUUAGAUGGUCCUGGUGAAAAUGCCAGUGAGGAUGAGGCUCAGUCAAGUAAUCAACGAAAGAGAGCUAAUAAGCACAAAUGGGUACCACUCCACUUAGAUGAUGUAAGACCAGACAGUCAAGAAAGACCAGGAUCCCGAAACACCUCAAGAUAUCAACCUGAAGCAAGUAAAUCAUCACAUAACAAUAGGAGAAAUGAUACACGAAGUUGGAGGCGUGAUAGAGAAAAGAGAGACGAUCAAGAUGAAGUUUCCAGUGUGAGAAGUGAGGGUGGUAACAUCCGAGGUUCUUUUCGAGGCCGAGGAAGAGGCCGAGGACGGGGAAGAGGACGAGGCAGAGGAAAUCCUCGAUUGAACUUCGAUUAUUCAUAUGGUUAUCGAGAACAUGGUGAAAGGACUGAUCAGCCAUUUCAAACAGAACUUAAUACCAGUAUGAUGUAUUACUAUGAUGAUGGUACAGGUGUACAGGUGUAUCCUGUGGAAGAAACAUUGCUUAAAGAGUAUAUUAAACGCCAAAUUGAAUAUUACUUCAGUGUAGAAAAUUUGGAACGGGACUUCUUUCUUAGGAGAAAGAUGGAUGAACAGGGUUUCUUGCCUAUUUCCCUGAUUGCUGGUUUCCACCGUGUUCAGGCUCUCACUACAAACCUUAAUCUCAUUUUAGAGGCAUUGAAAGAUAGCACAGAAGUGGAAAUUGUGGAUGAGAAAAUGAGAAAAAAGAUAGAGCCGGAAAAAUGGCCAAUUCCAGGCCCUCCUCCACGUACUGUGCCACAGACAGACUUCUCUCAACUGAUUGAUUGCCCAGAGUUUGUACCAGGCCAAGCUUUUUGUUCACAUACAGAGUCUGCCCCAAAUUCUCCAAGAUUUGGAAGUCCACUGAACCCAAAGAAAAAUACUGAAACGAGUAAUCUCCAAGCAAUAUCUAGAGGUCUGUCUACCAGUUUGCCCGACUUGGACUCACAACCUUGGAUAGAAGUAAAAAAGAGACCUCGUCCAUCUCCAAUGAAAUUGAAGGAAUCAGCAUCUCUGUCUGAAGAGGCAUCAAAUCAGCUAUAUCCUUCAGAUGAACAAGAGCAAGAAGAACUUGACUUUUUAUUUGAUGAAGAGAUGGAGCAAAUAGAAGGACGAAAAAACACAUUUACUGAUUGGUCUGAUAAUGAUUCAGAUUAUGAAAUUGAUGACCAGGAUUUAAACAAGAUUUUGAUUGUAACUCAGACACCACCUCACAUGAGAAAACAUCCUGGAGGAGAUCGAACGGGCAACCACAUGUCUCGGGCAAAAAUUACAUCUGAACUUGCUAAAGUCAUUAAUGAUGGCUUGUAUUACUAUGAACAGGAUCUAUGGAUGGAAGAAGAUGAAAACAAACACACAGCCCUAAAGCAAGAAGUUGAGAACUUUAAGAAGCUAAAUCUGAUUAGUAAAGAGCAGUUUGAAAACAUAACACCUGAACUUCCUUUUGAGCCAAACCAAGAAGUUCCUGUAGCACCUUCACAGUCCAGGCAAGAUAUUGCUGUGAUGAAAAAUGCUACUUUGAACAUUCUUGUACAAGGAUGUCCCAUUAUUUUGAUUAAGAAGUUAAAUAUCCAGAUGAUAUUCAUAUAGCAUCCUAGGCUUGUAGUUGAUAAAAAGCCAACUUUAAUAUAUUCUUAUUCUGUAAUUAUAUUUCUAGUAAUAAAAUUUUUAUAUCCACUAUAAAUAUUUUAUGUACUUGUAGUUAUCUUAACCAUAUUUUGAUAAUUUUAUCUCAAAAUAUUAUAAAUUGGUAUCUGCUAUAAAAAUUUUAUAAAAUGGUUCUUUUGAGAUAACAAAAUAUUCGUCUUUGUCUUCACAAAAUUGAUAUAUCUACUCUUAUUGGUGGGUAAAAUUUACAUGUAAUUAAAUUUGGAAUAAAAUAAACAUAAAACUGAAAUGAAACUUAAUUUUUAAUAUGGAAAUGUUCAGAUAAAAUAAAAAAUAGAGCUGUUUAAUGAAUCCCUGUGUAAUUAUCCUGCCUAAUUUCAACAAUUGUUAAUAGUUUGACAUUCCUUUUCUCAUCUGUAUGUUCCCCAUCUGUUUCUGGCAUUUCAUGUUGAAUCUCAUUUCAUUCAAAUUAAUAUCUUCUGUAAAUACGCUAUUCUACAUCACAAACAUAUAUAUAUGUAUAUAUAUAAAUUUUCAUGAUACCGUUAUUUCACAUAAACUGGCAGUAAUUCUUUAAUAUCAUCUGCUACACAGUUUGUGUUUGGUUUUCCCUGAUAUCUGAUAUAUAUCUUUUUCAAACUGGUUGUUUGAAUCAGGACCAAAAAAAGUACAUAAUUGCAUUUGAGCGAUAGGACAAUUAAGUUACUCUUAAUCUUUUUUUUUUUUUAAGUUUAUUUAUUAUUGACAGAGACAGAGCAUGAGCAGGGGAGGGGCAGAGAGAGGGGGAGACACAGAAUCCAAAGCAGGCUCCAGGCUCUGAGCUGUCAGCACAGAGCCUGAUGCAGGGCUCGAACUCACAGACUGCGAGAUUAUGACCUGAGCCAAAGUCGGAGGCUUAACCGACUGAGCCACCCAGGCGCCCCAAGUUUCUCUUAAUCUAUAAGCAUUCCUCUUCUCUUGUUUUUCCAUACCAAAGACUUGUUGAAGAAACUGGUUAAUUUGUCAUAAGAUUUCUUAUAAUCCAGAUUUACCUGAUUAUGUCUUGGUAUCAGUCAGUACAUUCCUUAUUGUUUCUAUUCCUUAUGAACUAGUAUUUAGAUGUAGAAGAUUUAGUAUAUUCGCAUUUUUAUUUCUGUGGUGACAAGACUGUUUCUUAGAGGAGCCAUUUACUUCCAAUUACAUCAUAUUGUCUUUUAUGCUGUCUUUUACUGCUGCUGUGAUUGAUUAUUGGGUUUAGAUGUUAUUGGCCUUGUCCAUUCAUCAUAAAGUUUCUCUUGAACAUUUUUUUCUAAAGACUUUUUUUUAGAACACUUUUAGGGUCACAGUAAAAUUAAGAGUAAGAUACAGAGAUUUCUCAUUUACUCCCUGUCCCCAGCUUACAUAACCAUUGCCAGUCUGGGGAAGGAUGCUGCUUCCUCACAGCAGCAUACCACAUCAGAGUGGUAGCUUUGUUACAAUUGUACCUACACCAACACAUCGUAAUUACCCGUUACAUUAGGUUUCACUCUUGGUGUUGUGGGUUGUACGUUCUGUGGGUUUUAACACACGUAUAAUGACAUGUAUCCAUCACUAUAGUAUCCUACAGAGUAAAAAUCCUCUGUGUUUUACUUAUUCACGCUUCCCCCACCGUAUCUCCAACCUCUGGUGACCAUUGAUCUUUCAACUGUCUCCAUAGUUUUCCUGUUUCGAAUUUUGAAUAGUUGGAAUCCUAUAGGAUAUAGGCUUUUCACAUUGGCUUCUCUCACUUAAUAAUAUGCAUUUAAAUUUCCUCCAUGUCUUUUCUUGACUUGAUAGCUCAUAUGUUUUUAGCACUGCAUAAUAUUCCAUUAUCUGGAUAUACCAUAGUUUAUUCCUUCAUCUACUGAAGGACAUCUUCAUUGGUUUCAAGUUUUGGCAAUUAUGAGUAAAGCUACAAUAAACAUCCAUGUGCAAGUUUUCGUGUGGACAUAAAUUUUCAGUUCCUUUGAGUAUAUACCAAGGAGAGUGAUUGCUAGAUCAUAUGGGAAGAAUAUGUUUACUUUUGUAUGAAGCUGCCAAACUGUCUUCCAGAGUGUCUGUAUCAUUUUGUAUUCCCACCACCAAUGAAUGAGAGAUCCUGUUGCUCCAUAUCCUUGCUAGCAUUUGGUGUUGCCAGUGUUCUGGACUUUGGCCAUUCUCAUGGGUUGUCAUGGUAUUUGAUUUCUAUUUACAUUUCCCUGAUGACAUGAUGUGUAAUAUCUUUACCUGUGCUUAUUUGCCGUAUAUAUCUUCAUUAAUGUAUCCGUUCAUAUUUUUUAAUUGGUUUGUUUGUUUUCUUAUUUUUGAGUUUUAGGAGUUCUUUAUAUACUUUGGAUAACGGUCCUUUAUCAGAUGUGUCUUUUGCAAAUAUUUUCUUCUGAUCUGUGACUUGUCUUCUCAUUAUCUUGACAGUGUCAUUUGGAGGGCAGAUGUUUUUUUCAUUUCAGUGAUGUCUAGCUUAUCAGUUCUUCCUUUCAGGGAUCAUGUCUUUGGUGCUGAAUCUCCCUUCAACAUUUUACAAAAUGGUUUUAAGAGUCAUUGAUGAAUAUUCCCUACAUCCUCUAUUUCAUUAGAGUUACAAAUAGUCAUCUAGUUCUCUCAUUCCUGUGUUCCAUACCUAGAAUUCUAUAAAGAAGAAUAUUCUUUUAUCAACUCUUUGAAUACUUUGAAACUCAAUUUUUCCAGGAAAGAAAGGAUAAAUGCUUGUUUCUUUCUUUGCAUUUGGUUAGUUUUUAGAAUAAUGAGUUUGGUGCCCUAGCAACCUGCAAACGUGAUUAAAUGUUAAGGCACCAUUUUGAACUUGUAGAGCUUAUUUAUUUGAAAUGUUUAGUCAGUUUCAAUCAUUGUUUUUAGUGGUCAAAGUACUUCAUUUUUGACUGGUGGGGCCACUGAAAUUUGCUACUGUGUCCUUAUGACCUAUUCUAGUUUUUUUUCUUUUUUAAUUUCAUUGCUUUCUGACUCAAGAUUUCCCAGGCUUAUAUUAUACUUUAUGCUACAGACUCUAUUCCUUGAAGAGGACCAGAUCAGUGAGAAAUGGAAAUGGAAUUUGGAGACCAUAAUCUGGAUGCUAGGAAGCUUACUGUUAAUGUUCCUAGAUCUUUUUAAAAUAUUUCUUUUACAGAAGUGCUGGAUUUAACAUAUUUUUCAGUGUAUAAUCAUAGUUUUAUCCUUGAGAUUGCAUUAUCUUUUUGGUCUAAGGAAAAUCUGUAUUAACACAAUUCAGUUAAAUUUAUUGGUCAUUUGCUGGGUAUAUAUUUUUUUCCUAGCACUGUUUUAGGCACUGGUAUACAAAUAUUAGAUUAUGGACCUUGCUUUUAGGAAUGCACUGGGACUUGUUCUUAGCAUCUGAUCAGAUAAUAUAUAAGAAAAUAAAUUUUAAUUUAAUAAAUCGAACAAUAAAUGGAUGAAAUGUAAAGGUGGCACCAAAAAAAAAAAAGAGAGAAUUAUUUUUAUUGGCAGAAAUUCAAGAAGUGCUUUAGAUUACUAGGGAAAGUAACAUCUGUGCUGGGUAUUAAAGGAAGGAUAUGCAUUAAAUUUGGUGUAAAAAGAUAAGGGAAAGGGACUUUCAGACAGAGGAAAAAGCAUAUGAAAAGGUAAGAAGCAAGAAAAUAGAAACAAGUAGGUUCCUAUCUGGGGCACUAAAAUUGAAGUGGAGAAAGACAAUAGAUAAGUCAAAAUCAGUCAAGUCUCAUAUGCCAUGAUAAAGAGACUAGACUUCUCCCAGAGGCAAAAGGGAAACACUGAGUAUUUUAAGUAGAGACAUGAAAUGACCUAAUUUGCAACCCCCCCCCCCCCCGCCGAAUAUCAUUAUUAUAUCAUUAUAUCAUUCUGAUAACAGAUUGGGAGAAGAAAUGGGGAAAUUAGGUAAUAGAGUGGUUAAGUUCACUUUUGAGUUUACAACCUUGUUUCUAGAAUAGUGCUUGGCAUAUAGCAGGUACUUGGUAAUAUUUGUUGAAUGAUACACAAAAAUCCAUUGUAUGAAUCAAAAGAAGUUGGUAAGUCUGAAGAAAAACCAUACAGAAACAGAGUCUACAUUCUACUUGCUUACUAUUAGUAUCUUACCAUAAUAUUUCCACAAACUAAUUAGUAAGUAAAACAACCCAAUAGAAAUAUGGUCUGAGGAUAUGGUGGUAAACUCAUGAUAGGGGAAAUGUGAAUGAUGACUAUAUAUAUGAAAAUAUGCUCAACCUCACCAGUAAUAAACAUAGAGGAAGAGGGGAAAAAUAGGGAAGCAAACCAUAAGAAACUCUUAACUAUAGAGAACAAACUAAGGGUUGAUGGAAGGAGGUGGGUGGGGGAUGGGCUAAAUGCAUGAUGGAAUAUUAAGGAGUACAACUUGUGAUGAGCACUGGAUGUUAUAUGGAAGUGAAUCACUAAAUUCUACAUCUGUAACCAAUAUUACCAUAUAUGUUAACUAACUAGAUUUUAAAUAAAAACUUGAAAUUAAACACACACACACACACACACACA